ACAGCCGCGCUGAGAAUCCGCUGGGCCGAAGAGAGGUGUGUCAGGGAAAGACAGACAGGGAGGGCUACAGCCCAAAAGUCAACAACGAGAGGGUGCAGUGUCUGAGGAACGAGGGGCUGAGCGUGGGAGGGAGAGGGAGAAAAGAGAAAGAGAGGGAAAGAGUGAGUGUGAGAGAGAGUAGGGGGGAGACAGAGAGAGAGGGGCCUGACAAAACUUCAGAGUGAUCUCAGCAAGAAGCAGGAGAUUCAGUGGCCAGAGAAAGCAGAGAAAGGUUUUUGUCAGAACAGAAAUAAAUAUAGAGAGAUAUAGAUACAUAGAGUGAGAGAGGGUGCGGUGACAACGGGGAGGGAGAGUGAGAGAGGCCUAGGUAGGCUUCAGGGAGAGGGGUAGAGAGAGAGAGAGAGAUAGGGGUAGAGGUAAAGAGAGAGAGAUAGUGUGAGGCAGAGAGGGAGAGAGGGAGCCCAGAGAGAGAGGGUAACAGUGAGGCAUCACGAGGGACAGAUAGCGAAGGAGUGAGAAGGGAGUUCCAGGUGCCCUGUGCUCAGGACUCUCCGAGACAUCUGCAGAUACCUCCGGGGCCAUGUGGUCGAACUUCCUGGCAGGGACGGAGGACACAGAGGGUCGAGGCUUGCCUCGACGGAGGAGGGGUGGGAGGUCUACGGGGAGCCGAGGGCGGGAGAGCGCCCUGCGUCUGAGUCUGGCUGUGGGUGUGAUGGCUUUGAUGUUGAUGGCCACGGCUGCGGGGACAGAUCACUGGGCCGAACUGAAGGACGCUGCCCCAGACAGCAACCGCACCUGCAGCAGCGUCCAUCUGGGGCUCUGGCGGCAGUGUCAGACAACAACCAGCGUCUCGGAGGCCGGUACGGCAGACAGGCUGUGCCCGGAGACGGAGACGGCAGCGGGCCACGAACUUAUCAAUCACCCCUGCUGUGGACCACUUCUGGAGGUCCAAGACACCAACUUCUACAAGGACGGGAACCGUAUGCUCCACGACCGCUGGACUAAGUGUGUAAAUGCCACGAACUUAUCAAUCACCCCUGCUGUGGACCACUUCUGGAGGUCCAAGACACCAACUUCUACAAGGACGGGAACCGUAUGCUCCACGACCGCUGGACUAAGCUCCAACUGCAGUUAUUUUCAAUUUUUUACCACUGGAGAAAAUACAAAAGUAAUGGGUCGAGAAGCAGAUAAAGCUCUGUUUAUUGUGGUGGCGGUACUGGCCGUGCUGGGCCUCUGCCUCAUGGUCCUCGGCUCCCUCUCCAUCAGUACGUCACUGAGGCACAACCCAGACUUCCUGAUCAAACUCUCUGCUUCCUUCUUCAUCUCCGCUGGUCUGGCUGCCGUGGCAACGCUGCUGGCCUUUGACCAGGCCGUGCUGGGUCUUCAGCGCACCGGCCUCGAGCUGAGCUACCUCUGGUCUUUUGGCUUUACCCUCGCUGCCUCCAUCCUGUCCUCACUGGCUGGCACCUCGUUCCUCGUCAUUGCCCUCCCAGGCCCUGCCCUCGGCCUCUGCAACAGGGGCAAGGCCUCCAAGCCGGAGGCCUAGUGUUGGGGGGAGAGGGAAAGAAAGGAGGGAAGGAGGGGAAUUAGUGAGUGGAGAAAGUGGGGAGGGGGGAGAGAACAGGAUUUAUCAAUACACUGCCAGCACCUGGGGCCUAGUUUCAGUUAUGGCACCAGGGAGUAUGGGAGGGAAGGAGGAGAGAGAGGGACUGUCUAGGACACGAGAGCCUGAGGCCUAAUGGUGACUGAGGCCGCUAUGGAGGGAGGGUUUGGUGAAGGAGAGUUAGGAGGGAGAAGGAGCGCAGAGAGAGAGAAAGAGAGAGUUGUUUUGAGCCCAUCCCCUCCACAUACCUAUCCAAGUACCAAACUGCUUCAACCAUUUCCUCUGGCAGCUUGUUCCAUGUAAGCACCAACUCUGGUUGAAAAAGCUGCCCCUCGUGUCACUUUUACACUGACCCUCUCUCUCAGGGGGAGAUCUGUACACUGACCGGUGUCUCUCAGUCCCUCUCUCUCAGGGGAGAUCUGUACACUGACUGGUGUCCCUCAGUCCCUCUCUCUCAGGGGGAGAUCUGUACACAGACUGGAGUCUUCCUGACCCUCUCUCUCAGGGGGAGAUCUGUACACUGACCGGUGUCCCUCAGUCCCUCUCUCUCAGGGUAAAAGCUAAAUUUAAUUUUAUUGCAAAAGUCUUUCAAUAUUUUUACUGGAAGUCUUAUCUUGUGUUCUGUUGUGUAAACCAUGUGUUCAUUAUUUAAUUUACAAAAUCUCUUUUCUUGGGAUGAACCUCGGUAAAUAAUCGAACGAUUGGAACUGUUU